UUUUGAACCCCCGGAAUUAUAGACUUUGAUACUGUCAUUCUGGUCCGAACGCAUUCUUCCCUUGUACCGUUGCCUUCGAGCUUCACACGCUAAAUAGCCAACGUUACAUCUUUUUUGACAUCCGAAAGUCUACUACAUCGUUUUAACUUUAUAACCCUUCAUCGUCGACUCUGGAACCUACGGUUAGGCCCACCGAAACGUCCCACUCGACAUCUAUAAUGCCCUCUCGUUACCAAUUGCGUUCUCAACGCUCUGCGCUCACAGCCAGCGUUGAGAACAUCUCGGAUACCCGAAGUGAGUCUUCGUUGACCUCGGUCCCUGCUAAUUACAACACUGCAACGGUGGAGAGGUCGAACGACCCUCAUGUUGACAGUCCCGUCCUUAGACCCGUCCGCUCGUAUAGCGACGUGGUACGGACGAGAACGGACACGCCUCAGCCUGGCGCUGAGAACGUGUCCGUUAGUGCAUUAAGCACCGGAGAUACUCCAAGUAGUUACAAGACCUCGGUAGCCCCGAGCUCUGCGACUUGGAGGACAGUAGAGCGCCAACAUCGGAGAUCUAAGAAGGUGUCUAAACUAGCGCCAGAAAGUAAGAAACCUACCUCAAAGGUAGACCUGGUCAAGGAGGCUGAAAGCCACCUUACCCAGGAGGAAAGACAGCGCAUCCUUGAAAGGAAGCGAGCUGAGAAUGAAGCCCGAGCGGACGAGCACACCAACACGUCCCGCGAAGAAGGGCCCUCCAAAGGAAAAGGCGUUGAUCCCCGUAACUGGGGUGAUGCGAACCUGGACGAGUCUGAGGUGGACCUGGAAGCCCAGAGGGAGGCGUUGCGAACCUGGAAGAACACUCGCGACUGGUCGAAGUCCGUGCCCAGGGUAGAACCUGAGAGGGUGAAUGAGUCCGAAACGGACGAGAUCCCUGAACCGACUGAUCCAGUCCAGGCAGCGGUUAGAGCCGCUGAGGAGCGACUAGCUAGACAAUACAAGUCGCAGAUUCAGAAGCUGCAAGACGAGCUGAAUCAGAAGGACUUAGCGUUGGAAAAGAAGACUAAGUCCUCGGGGAAGAAACAACCCAUCAAGAGGGUGGUUGUCCUGCCCGCUGGAGAUCCAGUAAAGGACAUGGUGCGAAAGGCGACAAGGAAGCCGUCUAAGAAACCCGGGAGUCGUUCGACUCCCCCUGCUAUGGACGCCACGGCCCAAAUAGCGCCAAAGAGCUAUUUGGGGCGCGCAUUUACGAAAUUGAAGCCUAAGGAAAAGGGCACUAAGAACCAUAAGAAACGCAACGCUGAGGAUUCACCUGACGGUAGCUCAUCGAGCAGUUCAUCCAGUAGUGAUACUGGGUCGGACUCGUCUGAAUCGUCGAGCUCAUCGUCGAGCGACACCACUGAAACAACGUCGUCCAGCGAGACGACCGACAGCUCGGACUCCGAUGUGAAGAAGCGGCGGAAACGUUCUGCAAAGAAACGCAGACAUAAGAGCAAUAAGGUUUUAAAAAGGAAGAAUACCUUAAAGCCCAUCCCGCCAACCGAGUAUGACGGGGCAGAAGACUCUCGGGCCUUCCAUCGAUUCAUUACCGAGGGCACAGCCUACCUCGAGGAUGGGAACGUUUCGCGAAAACGUCGAGUGUUCACGCUAUCGCGGUUCCUCAAAGGAAAGGCACACGAGUUCUAUCGAGUUAUUUAAUUACUGUUUCCCUCUGGACUACAGCACUAAGCAGCGAAAGAAGCUAUACCGGUGCUGAGAGAGAUAAGGUGGUGAAAUUUUGGUUCGGGUUGAACCCGACUAUACAGAACGAGCUGUACAAAAUGAGGUUGAACCCUGAGGUAUCCUCGUUGUCUAAAGUACAGAAGACCGCAGAGAUCAUAGAAUUGGCGAACUCCGCGUCAACGUCCAGGACUCGCGAUGACGGCGCUAAAAAAUCUGGGAAGGACAAACCAGAUAAGCAUGCUAAGGGUGCCGAGGGUGCUACUCGCCAGAAUAAUCAGUCUGGGCAGUCC